GCACUCUUUUAGUCAUGGUGGUCAGGACGGAAAACGAACACCAUUUGCCAACCUCGUAACAAGCCCCGGCGGAAGACGAGAGAGAUACUAUUCGAAAAUAGCUGUUACGGGUGACAAGCUGAUGGCAGAGGCUGGGGUCUCUUCAUCCAACCUCGCCCAACCUGUAGGUACCGGCCUCUACGGAUGGGCAGUGAGCUACGUUGCAUCUUGAUUAGGUGCUCGUCUAUCGACUAGAGUGAAGGCGUUCUCUCUCGCAGUCACAUAGGUGAGAUUCUUUAGAGUGGUGUUCGGAGGUAAUACGAAGUAACCGUCUCCUGGUCAAUGAGGUUACCCGAGAGCGGCCGGGGGGGAGGAUGGAAAUUCUAGCGAAGAGAAAAUCCGUAUCUUGGGCAAAUCGCCCUUCGGAGCCGCCCAUGAUGGGGUGAUAGAUAAGGUACCAGGGCAUUCGGAGGGGUUGGGGACACCAGGCUGGGGGUCUGAUAGGCCUCGUCCAGCCUCCCCCUGGCUCACCAGUCGACGAUGCAGAUGCUGGCCUGAGCUCAUUGGGCAACGUGAUAUUGAUCGACUGUCGAUUUCGGACAAGCGGGCUUGGCUGGGCUGGUGGGGAGAGAGACCAGUUCGUUGGUGAUGAGGGCCCUAGACCAGAUCCAGCACAGCGAUGCCACCCUGUUACCGAAAGGACCGAGAGAAAAGCUCGUGUUGCUAUUGUUACUAGCUCCGCCCGUCGUCGCCUCGUCUGGCCGGCCGCCCAGGCCUCGAGAGACGUCCACGUUUCCCCCCCCCGUCGCUGGGGCCUUCCCUCGCGCGCCGUCACGUCGACAGCGGUACGUCAGAGGGUGCUAUUCUUGACUCCCGUAUUUUGCGACGCACUCCGCACGUCUGUACUCAUAGAUGGGGUGGGUAGGCGAGAUCGGGCCUGGUCUGGGAUUCUGCCAGGAACGCGUGAAAUGCCAGCUGACCAAAUCGAUACGGGGCACGGAGUUUCGUAGCUUCGUAACUUUGAGAGCAGCCGGUGCAAUAGCUCCGUAGCGGCAAACAAAGCAUCAGAGCGUAUAAGCUAUUUUAAAGCGCAUCGCUUAGGAUGGCGCAGGCGAUCUCGAGAGGUUGGUUCUGCAUUGACGACA